GGCAGCGCGUGCGGCUGGUUUAGACAUUCCUGUCCUGCGAAUAGCCGUUGUCAGUGUGUCGUCUGAUCCAUUCAUAAGUACAGAGCUUUUGGUGCAGUACGCCGAACAGUACACGUGUAACUUGUUACAUUUGACGUACCCGACGCCCCUGCGGCAAUGGCGGGGAAUCUCGAUCGUAAAGGCACCUUCAAGGUCGAGUACCUUCAGAAGAUUGAGAAGGAUGUCCAGGAAAAAUGGGAGCGAGAAAAAGUUCACGAAGAGGAUGCUCCCACUACCCCCAGGAAGAGCUCCGAUGAGAAGUUCUUUGUCACUUUUCCUUUCCCCUACAUGAAUGGGCGCCUUCAUCUUGGGCACACAUUUUCUUUAUCCAAAUGCGAGUAUGCUGUCAGAUUCCAGAGAAUGAAAGGAAAGAAAGUGCUUUUUCCAUUUGGCUUUCAUUGCACUGGUAUGCCCAUCAAAGCAUGUGCGGAUAAAUUGAAACGAGAAAUUGAAAGCUUUGGCUGUCCGCCUCAAUUCCCAGCCGAUGAGACGACUUCUGUCACUGAGGAAGUCGAGGAGCUAGUUAUAAAGGACAAGAGUAAAGGAAAGAAGAGCAAAGCCGUUGCCAAAACUGGGUCUGCAAAAUACCAAUGGCAAAUUAUGCAAAGUCUAGGACUCAGUGACGAGGAGAUUUCUAAGUUUGCUGAUGCCUCUCACUGGAUAGAAUUUUUCCCACCUCUUGCAAUUGCUGACUUACGCACUAUUGGUGUUCAUGUUGACUGGCGCCGCACAUUUAUAACCACUGAUGCGAAUCCUUAUUUUGAUUCAUUUGUAAGAUGGCAGUUCAUUCAUUUGAAAGCGAGGGGUAAAAUUGCAUAUGGCAAACGGCACACAAUUUUCUCCCCAAGAGACAACCAGCCGUGUAUGGACUCUGAGCGUAGCAGUGGUGAGGGUGUUGGCCCAAUGGAAUAUACUAUUGUGAAAAUGAAAGCUGUUGGAAAGCUUCCAGACAAGCUCAAGAAGGUGGGAAACAAACCUGUGUACCUUGUGGCUGCCACACUUCGCCCAGAAACAAUGUAUGGCCAGACAAACUGCUGGGUGCGUCCGGAUAUGAGGUACAUUGCUUUCCAAACCAGCCUCCCUGAUGGUGAUAUUUUUGUUUGCACGGAACGUGCUGCCCGCAACAUGUCCUACCAAGGGUUUACAGCUACAGAAGGGAAAUUUGAUAUUGUGGCUGAGCUUGUUGGGCAGGAUAUCAUGGGACUGGCUCUCAGUGCCCCGCUUACGUCUAACAAAGUCAUCUACACCUUGCCAAUGCUGACUAUCAAGGAGGACAAGGGUACUGGUGUUGUCACCAGUGUACCGUCUGACUCCCCCGAUGACUAUGCUGCAUUCAUGGAUCUCAAAAAGAAGCAGCCUUUCCGCGAAAAGUAUUCCAUCACAGAUGAGAUGGUCCUGCCCUUUGAGCCGAUACCAGUUAUUGAUAUACCCGGUCUUGGAAAUAUGUGUGCUGUGUACCUGUAUGACAAGCUGAAAAUUCAAAGUCAGAAUGACAAAGAGAAACUACUUGAAGCCAAGGAACAGUCUUACAUGAAAGGAUUUUAUGAGGGGGUAAUGUGUGUUGGGCCCUUCAAAGGCAAGAAAGUGCAAGAUGUGAAGAAACUUGUGCAAAAGCUUCUAAUUGAUAACAAAGAAGGAGCUGUUUAUCAUGAACCGGAGAAGACCAUCAUUUCAAGGUCAGGAGAUGAGUGUGUUGUGGCCCUCUGCAACCAAUGGUACCUCGACUACGGAAAUGAGGAAUGGAAAAACCAGGCAAGGAAGUGUUUAGAUGAUAUGAACACUUACCACGAAGAGGUGAGGAGAAACUUCCAUGCCACUCUGAAUUGGUUGCAUGAGUAUGCCUGCUCAAGAACUUAUGGGUUGGGCACCAACCUUCCUUGGGAUGAGCAGUGGUUGAUUGAAUCACUAUCAGAUUCCACCAUUUAUAUGGCCUUCUACACUGUAGCCCAUUUCUUGCAAGAGGGAACAUUCCGUGGAGAGAAUGGAAACAAAAUGGGAAUCAAGCCUGAGCAAAUGACCCCAGAAGUCUGGGAUUAUAUAUUUUUCAAGGAUACUGCAUACCCCAAGGCAUGUGGAAUAGCAAAGCAACAUUUGGAUCUAAUGCGUCGUGAGUUUGAGUACUGGUACCCUGUGGAUUUGCGUGUUUCUGGGAAAGAUCUUAUCCAAAACCAUCUCAGCUUUUACUUAUACAACCAUUGUGCCAUUUGGCCUAAAGAUGAAACUAAAUGGCCCAAGGGCAUCAGAGCUAAUGGUCAUCUCUUGCUGAAUUCUGCAAAGAUGUCCAAGUCAGAAGGCAAUUUCUUGACUGUAUCCGAUGCUGUCAGUAAAUUCAGUGCUGAUGGCAUGAGACUUUGCUUGGCAGAUGCUGGAGAUUCUGUUGAAGACGCUAAUUUUGUGGAAAGCAUGGCAGAUGCUGGCAUUUUAAGACUGUACACUUUCAUUGAGUGGGUGAAAGAAGUUCUAGCUUCAAAAGACACUUUCCGAAGUGGGCCUGACAACACUUUCAAUGACAAUGUUUUUAAAAGUGAAAUGAACCUCAAGAUUCGAGAGUCAGAAGAGAACUAUGAUAAAAUGCUUUUCAAAGAAGCCCUGCGUACUUGCUUCUUCGAGUUGCAGGCAGUUCGUGACAAGUACAGAGAGCUUACUGCUUUUGAAGGUGGAAUGCAUCUAAAACUUGUGCUACAGUUCAUUGAAAUUCAAGCCUUACUUCUCUCUCCGAUCUGUCCUCAUGUUUCUGAAUAUGUUUACCAACUGCUUGGAAAGGAUCACUGUAUUGUGACAGCCAGAUGGCCUGCUGGUGGCCCAGUGGAUGAGAUUCUUGUGAAGUCAUCUGCUUAUUUGGUGGAAGCUGCUCAUUCUUUCCGCAUACUUUUGAAGAACUUCAUAGCCAAUCAGACGAAGAAGGGCAAGGGCAAGGCUGCUCCUCAAACUGGUGCUGCUCCACAGAAACCCACAACUGGUGUCAUCUAUGUUGCCAAAACAUUCCCACCAUGGCAAAGCACUGUUCUUACCACUAUGAAAACAUUGCAUCAAGCAAACAAGGGCCUCCCAGACAACAAGACAAUCUCUGUAGAACUGCAAAGCAAACCAGAGCUCAAGAAAUACAUGAAACGUGUCAUGCCAUUUGUUCAAGCCACCCGAGAAAAGGUGGAGACAAUUGGCUUGAAAGCUCUAAACCUCACUCUGGACUUUAAUGAAAAUGAACUACUGCUAAACAGUGUAAAUUACCUCUCUGCUACUUUGGAUUUGGAUGAGAUUGUUGUCAAACCGUCUGACUGUGAUGAUGCUCCCGAAAAUGUUCGAGAGGAGUGUUGUCCUGGUGUACCUUACAUGACGUUUGGUAACAAACCUGGUGUAAACUUGACUUUUGUCAACCCAACCCCUCAUAACAGCCUCUUCACCCACACUGUUCCUGUCCAUGAUAAGGAUACGACAGAAAAGGUGGUUUCACGACUCAUUAAGAUGGACAAGGGUAUCAAAAGUACGCAAGCAGUUGAGCUGUGGCGAUACGUUGAUCCAGCUAUGGGACCCCGAACGAUCCCAAAUUUAAAUAGUCCCCUGGCGGGCAAGGAGCAAGUUCCCUCUAGUGCUAUCUUCAACGUUGAUCUAAGUGCAGGCACUGUAGAAGUCUCCAUCAAUGGUAAAUCCAUUGCAGUUGGAUCUCAGAUUGUUUACAUAGUUAAAUAAUGAAUUAUCAAUAACUUAUUAAGGGAUUGGAAUUAUUUAAUGUUUUGUACAAACUGUCUCCCAGUAAAAUUGAGUAUUUAUUUUUACCUUAAAUUAUUGCAUCCACAAGUGAGCUAUUUUUAGCAUGAACUGUUCUUGUACCCUUUAAGAAAGAAAAAAAACCAUGUAUUAAAUUUUUCUGAAUCAAAUUAAAGACCAAAUUGACAGCCAUGA